AUGUCGUGGAUACCUUGGCUCUAUGUUACCUUUCUUAACAGUUGUCCAAGCAUCAUAGAAGCAAGAAAUCUAGCAGGUGUCUCAGAAUUCCACCUCAUGGGACUCUCAGAGGAUCCAGAACUGCAGCCCAUCCUCUUUGGAAUAUUUCUGAUCAUGUACCUGAUCACAGUGUUUGGGGAUCUUCUCAUCAUCAUGGCUGUCAGCUCUGACUCCAAUCUCCAAACCCCCAUGUACUUUUUCCUCUUCAAUCUGUCAUUGGCUGACAUCUGUUUCAUAACCACCACAGUCCCAAAGUUGAUUGUGGAUAUCCAAACUCAGAGCAGAGUCAUCUCUAUUGUGGGCUGCUUGACACAUAUGUCACUUUUUCUCCUUUUUGGAAAUAUGGAUGAUAUGCUUCUGACUGCGAUGGCCUAUGAUUGGUUUGUGGCCAUUUGUCAAUCCCUGCAUUAUCCAGUCAUCAUGAGUCCUUGCUUCUGUUGUGUCUUAGUUGUGGUGUCAUUAUGGUUUAGCCUUUUGGGAUCCCAACUGCAAAAUUUUAUAUCCUUACAAUUUACCUGUUUUAAGGAUGUGGAAAUUUCUAAUUAUUUCUGUGACCCUUCUAAAAUACUUCAUCUUUCCUGUUCUGAAACUUUUAGAAAUAAUGUGAUAAUGUUUUUUCUUGUUUCUAUAUUUGGUUUUGUCCCCAUCUCAGGAAUCCUUUUCUCUUACUACAAAAUUGUUUCUUCCAUUCUGAGAAUCCCAUCAUCAAGUGGGAGGCAUAAAGCAUUUUCUACAUGUGGGUCUCACCUGUCAGUGGUUUGCUUAUUUUAUGGAACAGCCAUUAGCAUGUACUUUGGUUCAACUAUAUCACAUUGUUCUAGCCAUGUUGUGCUGGCCUCGCUGAUGUACACUGUGGUAACCCCUAUGCUGAACCCCUUCAUCUACAGUCUGAGGAACAGGGACCUUAGUAAGACCCUGAAGCGUCUGCACAGUAAGACAGUCUUAACUCAAGCCUUGCGACAUCCAUUUCACCGUUAG